AGUAUAGCCGAUACCGAAGGACACACACCGGAGCGCACACACACAUAUGCAGCCGCUUAUCUCGCUGUUCCUGCGGACUACAGGCCCUAUGUGUACCUUCACCCACACAGAGCGGACCUCUUCACAACUUCAUUAAGGAGUAAAUACCCGAAAAUGUAGUGGGAAUUAUGGAUUUACAGCGUAGAGGACUUGAAAUGGGCGGUCUGCUGCUGCUGCUGCUGCUGCUGUCGGUGGUUGACGGGUCACCUUUCCUCCUUUUUGCCAACCGCCGUGAUGUGCGAUUGGUAGAUGCAGACGGUGUGCGGGGUGAAUCAGCCAUUGUUGUUAGUGACCUGGAGGAUGCAGCAGCAGUGGACUUCCUGUAUGCUGAGGGCCUGAUAUUUUGGACAGAUGUCAGUGAGGAGGCCAUCAAACAGACGCACUGGAAUCAGUCAUCCAACUCCCUUAAAGAGGCGCUAGGAACAGGUCAGACUGUGGUAGUAUCAGGGCUGGACAGUCCUGAUGGACUGGCCUGUGACUGGUUAGGUAAAAAGCUCUACUGGACAGACUCAGAGACCAAUCGAAUUGAAGUGGCCAACCUGGAUGGCACCUCCAGGAAGGUCCUAUUUUGGAUGGACCUGGACCAGCCGAGAGCUAUUGCCCUUAACCCUGCCCAACGCUACAUGUACUGGACAGACUGGGGAGAAGAGCCCAGGAUAGAGCGUGCUGGCAUGGAUGGCAGCAACAGAAAAGUGAUCGUGAAUGUGGACAUAUACUGGCCCAACGGUCUCACCAUAGACCUGGUGGAACAGAAGUUGUACUGGGCUGAUGCCAAACUCAGCUUCAUUCACAGAGCUAACCUGGAUGGAUCAGCACGUGAAACGGUGGUGGAGGGCACGCUGACCCAUCCUUUUGCACUAACACUGUCUGAGGAGACAUUAUACUGGACCGAUUGGCAAACCCGCUCCAUCCACGCCUGUAACAAACACAGCGGAGACAAAACCAGAGAGAUUCUCAGUGGGAUUUAUUCUCCUAUGGACAUCCAGGUUCUGGAGCCCUACCGACAGCCUUAUAUCCAGACUCCCUGUAGUAACAAUAAUGGAGGCUGUAGUCAUCUCUGCCUACUCUCUCCAGUCCAUCCUUUCUACAGCUGUGCCUGCCCCACUGGAGUCCAGCUCAAACCAGAUGGAAAGACAUGCAAGCCAGGAGCAGAGCAGGUUUUGUUGCUGGCUCGAAGGACAGACCUAAGGAGAAUCUCGCUGGACCUACCAGACUUCACUGACAUAGUACUGCAGGUCGAUGACAUUCGCCAUGCCAUAGCUAUAGACUAUGAUCCAGUUGAAGGUUAUGUCUACUGGACAGAUGAUGAGGUUCGGGCCAUCCGACGAUCCAACAUUGAUGGUAGCAAUGCCAUGAUGCUGGUUACCACAGAGAUUAACCACCCAGAUGGAAUUGCUGUGGACUGGGUGGCCAGAAACCUCUACUGGACUGACACUGGCACUGACCGGAUUGAGGUUACCAGACUAAAUGGAACUUCUCGCAAGAUUUUGAUUUCUGAGAACUUGGAUGAACCCAGAGCCAUCGUUCUCGACCCCGUUAAUGGUUUUAUGUACUGGACUGACUGGGGUGAGCAUCCCAAAAUUGAGCGGGCCAACCUGGAUGGAACGGACAGGCUGGUCCUGCUCAACAGCUCUCUGGGCUGGCCCAAUGGACUGGCCAUUGAUUAUGCAGCAGGAAAACUAUACUGGGGUGAUGCUAAAACAGACAAGAUUGAGGUGAUCAAUGUGGAUGGCAGUAACAGACAGACCCUGCUGGAGGACAAGCUGCCUCAUAUCUUUGGUUUCACUCUGCUGGGUGAUUAUAUCUAUUGGACUGACUGGCAGAGACGUAGCAUUGAGAGAGUCCAUAAAGCCACCGCUGUACGAGAGAUCAUUAUUGAUCAGCUGCCAGAUUUAAUGGGGCUAAAAGCCACUAAAGUGACAGAGACGUACGGUACAAAUGGCUGCGCGGUGGAUAAUGGUGGAUGCAGUCAUCUUUGUUUCUGGCGUCAGCAGGCUGUUAGCUGCGCCUGUCCCAUGGGGAUGGAGCUUCUCUCAGAUCUUCAGACCUGUGUGGUGCCUGAGGCCUUCCUUCUCUUUACCAACAGGGACAAUAUCAGGAGCAUUUCUCUGGGUACCAACAGCAACGAUGUGGCCAUUCCUCUGACAGGAGUUAAGGAGGCCUCUGCUCUCGAUUUUGAUGUCUCUGAAAGGAGAAUAUACUGGACAGAUAUACAAGCCAAGACAAUAAGCAGAGCGUAUAUGAAUGGCAGCUCUGUAGAACACGUCAUAGAAUUUGGACUGGACUACCCAGAAGGCAUGGCAGUUGACUGGAUGGGUCGUAACAUCUACUGGGCAGAUACAGGCACCAACCGCAUAGAGGUGGCCCGGUUGGAUGGCCUGCAUCGACAGGUUCUGGUCUGUAAGGAUCUUGACAACCCACGCUCAUUGGACAACCCACGAUCACUAGCACUGGACCCAGCCAAUGGUUACAUGUAUUGGACAGAGUGGGGUGGUCGACCUCGCAUAGCCAGAGCCUACAUGGAUGGCAGCACCAUCAUGACCCUGGUGGAUAAAGUAGGCCGUGCCAACGGACUGACCAUUGACUAUGUAGAUCAUCGACUCUAUUGGACCGACUUGGACACAUGCAUGAUUGAAAGCACCAAUAUGCAAGGCCUUCAGCGGGAGAUCAUAGUAGAUGACCUCCCUCACCCCUUUGGUCUAACACAGUACCGGGAUUUCAUCUACUGGACAGAUUUUAAUCUCCGCAGUAUUGAACGGGCAGAAAAACGCAGUGGACUUAACCGCACUGUGGUGCUGCAGGGCCAGCUGGAGCUGAUGCUGGACAUUCUAGUGUUCCACUCCUCACGUCAGGAUGGCACCAAUGAGUGCUCGCAUAACAACGGCAACUGUGCCCACCUCUGUCUGGCUACGCCUGCUGGUGCCAGGUGUCGCUGUGCUUCCCACUACACCUUGAACCCUGACGGACGAAACUGUAGCUGUGAGUAUUGAAGUAUUUCACGAGAAAUACAAGUUUGGCUUGAAAGGCCGCUGAUUUGAAUCCCUAAACUGCCUGCAAACAUAAUUUAGGACUGGACUAUAUAUGAAACAUUUAUUAUGAU